AUGGGACAGAACACGGUAAAAGGAGCGAUGCAGGAGUGGUUCAAGGUCAAGAUCCCCUGUGGGAGAAGAUAUGACAAGACAUGGCUAAUGAAUUCCAUCCAGAGCUAUUGCAGUGUGCCCUUUACCCCGGUUGAUUUCCACUAUGACAGAAGCUGGGCCCAAUUCUUUGUCGAGGGUACCAGUGUUGCCGACGCACUGAGGGACAUCUGCUACAAGAUCCGUGGUGAGAAGAGCCAAAAGGUAUCUAUCUUUGUCAGUCCUUCUUUUGUACCCUACUCGGUGCGGUACAAGUUUACAGAUGAACAACUAGAGCAGAUCAAGCUGACCAUGAAGAAACGCUAUGAUAUGGAAGAGCAAGCUCUGGACCUCCAGAAACUCCGCUUUGACCCAGAUUUGGUGGACCACGAUAUCGAGUUUGUCCUGAAUCGAAGACACUGCAUGGACAUUGCUGUGCAGAUCAUUCAGAACAGUUUCCCUGAGCUGUCAUACUUGAACUUGAGCAACAACAAACUCUAUCGGCUGGAUGCCCUGAGUGACAUUGCAGACAGUGGCCCUGACGUCAGGAUUCUGGACCUUUCCCGAAACCAGCUGAGGUCAGUCUUAGAGCUGAACAAGGUGAAAGGGCUGAAACUGGACGAGCUGUGGCUAGACGGGAACCCACUGUGCAGGAACUUCCGAGACCAGGCUGCUUAUCAAAGCUGUGCCCUCUGCGAGCCUGAGUUCCCUAGAUCGAGGAUCCAGAUUUGGGAAGCCCCCACUCCACCACCUUAUGUCUCCUAUGUUUUCUUCCAUUCUGUGCACAUCAUCGGCUCUGCCCCACCCCUGCCUCCUUCCCUCACCUCUUCAGCCUUGCCUCACCUGGCCUGGCUAGGCCAUGCCCUUCAGAAUGCUGGCCACCCAGUGGUGAAGCAGAGCAGUGCCCUGGCUUCUCCCGUGCUUCCCUUGUCCCUGCGGAGCCUUCUGUGUGGACUCAGAGGAGAGGAAGAAGAGGAGAUGACAGGGAACGGGGUGGACAUGGAGGCCCUGGAGCCUGAUGGCCACCAAUUUGACCCACCAGUUGCCCCUGGCACUGAUGCUCGCUGGUUGGUGAGCCCCAGCAGGCAAGCAGAUGAAGAAGAGGCGCUGAGGGAGAGACUCUUACAGUUCCUGAAGGAGUAUUACUCUGUCUUUGACAAUGGAGAUCGCCAGAAUCUCCUCGGUGCUUACCAUGAUGAGGCCUGCUUCUCUGUGUCUCUCCCUGCCAAUGCCAGUGGCCCAGGAGAGAGCUGCUUGAGCGAGUACUUCAAGCACAACAGGAAUUUGACCACUCUUAAGGAUCCCUGUGUGCAGAGGAAGCUGCUGAAAUAUGGGAGACAUGACAUUGUGGAAUCCCUCCGUUCCUUGCCCCAAACCCAGCAUGAUCUCAGUUCAUUUAUGAUGGACGUGUGUUACCACACGGAAAAGAUGCUCUGCUUCUCUGUCAGUGGGCUGUUCCGGGAAGAAGCAGGGGGAAAUUCAGAGAAUUGUAUCCGUGCCUUCACCCGGACCAUCAUUGCUAUUCCUGGCAGCGGAACAAAUCUGUGCAUCGUGAAUGACCAGCUGUUUGUGAGGGACACCACCUCUGAGGAGGUCUCAGGCACCUUCUCCUCUCUCGUGGCUCCCGAUGCGAGACCCACCCUCUCUCCAGUGCAAUGUGAAAUGGUGCAGUCAUUCUCCAUCCAGUCUGGGAUGAAACUCGAUUGGUCUGAGAAGUGA